AUGGAAUUGACCAAACUGGCCGACAUGACAAAACUCCACCAAGCUGUAGCUGCUGGGGAUUACAAUUCAGUGAAAAAGAUUUUGAAGAAAGGUUUCUGUGACCCAAACUACAAGGAUGUGGACUGGAAUGACCGAACCCCACUUCACUGGGCUGCAAUCAAGGGACACAUGGAGGUGCUGCAGCUCCUGAUAGAGCACGGGGCCAGGCCCUGCCUGGUAACUGAUGUGGGCUGGACCCCCGCUCAUUUCGCAGCUGAAUCGGGCCAUCUGAACGUGCUCAAAACUCUCCAUGCCCUGCACGCUGCCAUCGACGCCCCUGACUUCUUUGGAGACACACCAAAGAGGAUUGCACAGAUCUAUGGGCAGAAAGCCUGUGUAGCAUUCCUGGAGCAGGCUGAGCCCCAGUGCCGGGACCACCGCGAGGCCACCAAGCAGAAGGGGUUGCAGCUUGAUCAGCGGGAUGAAGACUGGGAUUCCAAGAAGAGGGAGUUGGAGCUGUCACUUCCUUCCUCAAAGCAAAACACUAAUAAGAAAAAGAAUAAGACUCGAGGCCCCACCAGGCUCAGCAAUACCAAGGAGAGGAGAGUGUGA